AGAUAGAAAAGUGAAUGGAAAUAUUCAAACCCUCAGAGAAAAACAGGCUGUUUGAUCCUGUCUCUCUGAUCCUCCUCUUCUUCAACUGUCACCAAAAAGGAUCGUCAGGGGCGGCGAAACGUGCGGAGCUUCUUGCAUGCGCAGUGUAUAAAGGGAUAUCGCGUGAGUGAAAACGUUGUUCACAGUCUGUAGAAAAAGGCGGAAGAAACAAUCGUGUAGUACAACGGUGAAUUUCUGUAAAACCUAGGCAAUCGUGAGAAUGAUAUUUCUACAAACUGCUGCCUUCUUGGGGAUCCUCUGUGUGGUUUCAGCUCAGUAUCGGAAUGUUGCCCUUCAAGGUCGAGCAACUCAGUCCUCAAUUUUAAACAUAGUACAAUAUGGCUACCUGUCAGAAGCAAUAAAUGCAAUAGAUGGGAACCCGGACCCUGAAUUUAACCAUGGUUCCUGCACACAUACACAUAAUUACAUGUCUCCUUGGUGGAGGGUGGACUUGCUGAAACCGUACAGAAUUGAAUACAUCACGAUCACUAAUAGAAUUACAGCGAGUGAAAGACUGAAUGGCGCUGAAAUUCUCGUUGGAAACUAUCUGACCAACAAUGGAAACAAUAAUAACAGGUGUGCAGUGGUUACCUCUAUCCCAGCUGGAGGAACACAGAACUUCUACUGUGGAGGCCUGGUUGGCAGAUACGUCAAUAUAAUUUUACGUGGACAAACACAAUAUCUUACUUUAUGUGAAGUUGAAGUCUGGACCGCCGACAAGGAAUGAAAGCCCCGCUUAAAAAGAACAGAUGAUUAAAUAAUAAAGGUUAUACUGUAUUGCCUAAUGUGUCGGUAAUCUGAAGAGAAAAAAAAUAAUAAUCAAAUACUACUUAAUAAAAAUUGUUGAGCAUCA